AUGGCUUCGUCUAUGAAUGCCUCAAACGACGACGAAGAUGCUUUUGUCUAUAUUUUCGACAGACGGGAUGCAGCCGCACCUGAAAUCAAAUUGCACACUGGUGGACUCUUCACCUUUAAUGAUUUCAAAAAUAAAGUGCGCCAAGAACUAAAUGCUGGCAAUGGCAAUUUUGUUAUUGCAACAACAAACAGAGAUGAAAUUUGUGAUGAUGAAACCUGGGAUGGUGUUGAGAAAGGGGAAACUCUCUAUAUUCUCAACACUCUUAUGCAAGAGUUGUGCGCACCUGCUCAGCAAAGAGUUAAUUUUUUACCCCAUUAUGACACAAUUGUCAAAGGUGGCAUGUAUGAAUAUUAUGCCUCGGAAGGACAAAAUCCUUUACCUUAUGCAUUUGCAGAGUUGAUUGAUAAUGCCUUAACUGCAACUGCUAACAAUACAGGAGAGAGGAGCAUUGAAAUAAGACUUCAUUUUGAUGAAGGGAAUCCCAACAGAAACUGUAUUUAUGUCAUUGACAAUGGCAAAGGUAUGACUCCACGGCAGCUAAACAAUUGGGCAAUUUACAGAUUGUCUAAAUUUAUCCGGAAUGACAGAAGACGCAAUUCAAGUGAUGUAAGGAAUGAACAGCCUGCUGUAAGAUAUGAACCACCCAGGUCACUGAACAGUGAUAUCUCCUAUUUUGGUGUUGGUGGCAAACAGGCUAUUUUUUACAUUGGAAAUUCUACAAAAAUGAUAACGCGGCCUGCAGGUUCCAAAGAUAUCCACGAAUUGACUAUAUCAAAAGAUGACUUUGAGAAGAAAGAGAAAAACAAUGAAUCUAUUUACAGUGGUUUUAUCCGGAACAGAAAGCCAGGAGAUUUUAGUCAUGUGCCUCCAGAAGACGAAAUUUUGAGAAAAAUAAUUGGUGAAGAAGAUAAUCGUGAGAGCUUUACAGUUGUCGCUAUCCAUGGUAUAAAUUCUGGUCACAUUCCAUAUUUGAAGCACAACCUUAGGGACUGGGGCCGUCAACUUGCCCAUAUCUACCAUUAUUAUCUACAUGGUCCUAAUGGUAAUCAAGAUCCACCUGCACACGAUCAGACCAGAAUUAUGCGACCAGCUAGUCCUUUCAGACACAUCAACAUUAAUAUAAGACUAUUCAAAGGAAUGGCUAUGACCAAAUGCCUCAAUUUACGGGACAUUGAUGAUGACUUGCAGAGUCAGUUUGUCAAAACGGCUGGUUCUGUGUUCGAUUUCAAAGCCAAGGUAGAAGGAGCCGGUAUUGUUGAGGGUGUUCUCAGAUAUCAUCCAUUUCUUUAUGAUCAUGAAACAUUCCCAUCUGAAUUUGUUGACCCUCGAUAUGCUGAACCAGAAGAUGACCAUGACUAUGCAAUCAAUGAUCGACCAGCACGGGGAAGACGUCCUGUCUUUGAAUGUUAUUGGAAUGGAAGACUUAUCCCGUACACCUUGAUUGAAGAAUUUGAUUGGUGUAGUGCCCCUAAAAAAUCGAAAACUGUCCCUACAGAUUGCUACAAUCGGGUAUCUGGUGUGUUGUGGACAAAUGAUAAAUUCCAAGUCAGUACCAACAAGUUGACAUUUAUUGAUCUUGAAAUGAAGUUGAAAGAAAAGAGUACGGUUUUUUGUCGGAUCAUCAAUGGCCAUGAAAAGCGAACUGGUAUUGACAAGGAGUUUGUCAAUUGGCUGAAAGAAUGUCAUGAAAAAUUUGACAAACAAAUUCACUUUUCAGUAUUUAAAGGUCAUGCACUUCGACCAGAUUUACCAAAACAUAGACAGACUCCAUGGUCCGUCUAUGAACAAGUGGAAUGGGACGGAAAAAUAUUCAGGAAAGGGCAGCUGGUGCGUAUCAGCCGCACUCUUCCUACCAUCCUUGGCACUAUCAAGUGUUUCCUGCUUUAUGGAGAUCAUGAAGGUGAGGUCUAUGCUACAGGAGGAGAUAUUCAACUUAUACAGGAGCCACGGUGCUUAUAUAACGAGGUAAAAGUUCAACCCUUGUUUAAACUGGAUCGAACAUGUACACCACAACAAGUAAAAAAAGCAAUUGAGGAAGAAGAAGCCAAAUUGCCUGAUCAGUUAGUGGUAUCGUGGCCUGAUAAUAAUGAAGUCAAAGAUGGAGAGCGUAGACCUGCUGGAAAAACAAUUGGUGACAUCAAAGUGGAAAUUAUCAACAAGAAAGGAGAAACCAUCAAACAAUUGCCUGGUACAGCCCCAGCACACAAGAAACUUCUGGUGGAGCUAAAAAUUAUCUGGCACUCUUCUAAUGGUGAUGAAAUCAUUGUAUCUCACAUUAGCCAGCACGGCAAAAAUUGGCCAUAUUGGUUCAGGAAAAUGGAGAAUAUCAAAAACUUGGGCCACCAUUCUCUUGAACUUCAAGUUGUCCUUAAUGAAAGUGGUGCCACAACAUUUGCUGGCAAAGAUUUACCCUCUCACUGCAUCAAGUUUUUUGUUACCGAAGCUGAACCCAAAAAAUUUACCGUUGGCUUAUUGGAUGGUCCAUUUCGAGUGGGUGUGCCCUUCCAAAUACCUCUUGAGUUUCAAGAUGAAUUCAAUCAUAUUACAGAACCAAAUAUGAAUUGUAAGCCAGUUCUGGAAGCAAGUGGUUUGGAUAUCACUUAUGAAAGUCUUCAAAUAAAAGGCAACCAUUUACUAAUAAAAGGAAUCUGUGCCCAAGGCAUUGUCAACUGCACUACAGGAAAGAACUUCAACUUAACAGUAAAAGUGGAAGAAUUGGAAGAAAAGCAGACUUUGAAGAUUCGAUUACUGCCAGGUCCUCCACAUCAUCUUUGUGUAAAGCCCGAGAGGGACCUGGAGUUAGAAAAUGGUUCUGCUCCCAUGUUUAAUGUUGAAGUUCUUGAUGUAGCAGGCAAUGUAACUACUGAAAAUAAAUUGUUAGUUACUUGCAAAUUCUUUGGCACAUCUGGCCUGCCAGCCUAUUUCCUUGACUGCUCAAGUAGUGGAAUGGGAACACUAACUGGAGAUGCUCUCUGUAUGAAGAAAGUGAAAUCUAAUCAAGAAAUUGUGGCAAAAAUAGAACUCCAGAACUUCAAAGAUGUGAAAUCAUUGGAGCGGAAGAUCAAUGUUAUUCCAAGUGGGAAGACUGCUAGCAUUGAACUUUCUUAUACUGUAGAAGGUGAAGAAAAAGUUGUACACCUGAAAAAUUCUCAGGAGGUGGUUGGAAUAGCAGGAGAAUUUAUUCAGGGGCUUGCUUUUAAUCUUUUGGAUGAGGCUGGUCGAGAUAUUACAAUUGACGAAAAGAUUUGCUCAAAAGUAAAGGUGAAUUGGACCCCCAAACUAAGUAAGGAAUUACUUCUCCAAAAGAAAUUGCCUGAUAUUAAAGUGCCAACAUCAACAACAGAUCAGAAAUAUUGUCAUGUCAGCAUAUUGGAUGGUUCUGACACCCACUUUAACUUUACUGUCAAGGCUAAACCAGGAAAGCCUUCACAGCUGAAGUGUAAGGUGAAAGGAAACAGUACCAUCCGAAUUAAUGAAGCAUUAACCUCGGAAAUCCAAAUCGGCAUUAAAGACAAAAGUGGUAAUGAAAUAACAGCAGAGCUUGGACCCUCAGCCUUAAAUGACCUUGAAAUUAGUGGUGAUGGCUUGAUUGAAAGCAAAAUCCAUAAGUAUACAGGCCAGGUGUGUACCUUCUGUAUAAAAGGUGUGAUGUUUGAAGAUGGUCAGACAGGUUCCAAAGAGCUGAUCGUGCAGUGGAGACAUCUGAGAGAUUAUGUCCGACUCGAAGUAGUGUCAGGACCACCUGCUCAGCUAAAGAUCCCAAAUUGGGAUUUGGAUGAGCCUCUUAUCAUGUAUGAUGGUGGGAAAACAAACCAGAACCUGGUUGUGAUGUUGUGUGAUGAUACUGGGAACCAAUGCAAAGAAAAAGAUGUCAAGAUACUGUUGGGGAGAGAUCAGAAAAUCAAGAUUGUGCCUUCUCCUACCCCAAUGAAAACUGAUGCUGAAGGAAAAGUGAACUUUGGCAGUUUUUGUAUCAAUGGACCAAAGGGACUGUAUGAAUUAACAGUAAAAGCUCUGUUAGGUGGCAAUAAAACCAUUACUGGACCCAAAAUCCAAAUCAACAUCCAACCUGACCCUACCAAGCCACUUCGGCUACAUGUUGACUGUGAAAAGAAUGUAAUGGUUGAAGCUGGUACACAGUUACCUGUUUAUACAGUUAAAGUAUUAGCUGAAGAUGGCAACCCCCUAACAUUAGCCCAGCCAUCUCAUCUUUCCAUGAAACAAUGGCAUACUGAUUCCUGCAACCAGCUAACUCCUCCCCCUAAAGCUCUAUCCUAUAGUCCAGACAAUAUGGACAAUACAGACAACCAUAAAGGUAUAUUUACAUUCAGUCACAAAAUGUGUCCAGAGACAGCAGCCAAGUACAGUAUUAUGUUUGUAUAUUUUGAUGGAAAAUACAAUGUAGAUAGUGAUGUGAUAACUUUAACUGCCCUUCCCAGCAUGCCUUCAAAGCUGGUGCCUCUUGAACGCAUUGGUACACCCACUGUGAGCAACUCCAAAAAUAACACCAGUCGCUGCCUAAUAAAACUUCUUCAUAUGGAAAUAAGGGACCAAUAUGACAACCCAGUGGGGUCAAGAUGUGAUGGCUCUAUAACCAUCAUGAUAAAGGCACCAGCUGGAGUAGACGAAGUGCCUGCAUUUGUUGGUGACACCCGACAUCUUGUGGUCCCUCUGUGCAAUGGUCAAGCCACACUACAGAAUGUUAGUAUACCAGAGACAAAAUGUGUGGAACCAUUACAAAUCCGAUUUCUUUUCACCAACGAUUCCAAAAAACAAUCUCGUAUGGCUGCUUUGUCCAAAGAAAGAGAUACAAUCCAGGUAGCCAUCAAAGCCUAUCGCUCAUUAUUUGAAACCACAGAACAACUAAUAAAUGAGCUGAAAAUUUCACACCAUGAAGCGAAUCAACAAGAACAACAACUUCGGAUGGAAUUACGCAAACAAAACAUUCCCAUGUCUCAAUUACAGUCACUUGAACAGAUUGAUAACCUGCUUCAAACAAG